AUGUACAACCCAAUUCACGCUAAGCUGCAGCAGCUAUGCGAGGAAUUCCACAUUGAUGAAGUGACUCUGAAGCUGGCGAUCUGCCUGUUCAUUUCGUUCCCGUUCAAUGCGUUGCUGAAAAGACUGCCCGACCAGCGGGUCCGGCUAAAGUGUGUGUACAUCGUGUGCGUGUCGGCUUUCUACCUGUUUGGGAUUCUGAACCUGUACGAUGGGUUCAAGACGUUGUUGAUUAGCACGCUGUUCACGUACGGGAUAACGCGGUUCUACCGCUCGCGGUUCAUGCCUUAUGUGAACUUCGUGUUUGUGAUGGCGCACCUGGCGAUGAACCACAUUCACAUGCAGAUGUCGACGGACUACGAUAGCAGCAAGGUGGACAUCACGGGCGCGCAGAUGGUGCUGGUGAUGAAGCUGACUGCGUUUGCGUGGUCGUACUACGAUGGCACGUAUGCGAAGAAGGAAGACCUGAGUGCGUACCAGCUGCAUCGGUCGGUGACGCAGCACCCUUCGCUGCUAGAGUUUAUGGCGUAUGCGUUUUUCUACCCGAGCUUGUUGACGGGGCCAAGCUUUGACUACGCAGACUUUGCUUCUUGGCUCAGGUGCGAGAUAUUCCGCGAUUUGCCGGAGACCAAGAAGCCCAAGAGGCGUUGGUCGCGGGACAAGAACCAGCGCCGCCAGAUCCCGAAGUGCGGCUCGUUGGCACUGGGCCGGGUGCUCCAGGGAAUCAUGUGGAUCGCGCUCUCGUUUGUGUCUCCGAACUACGUGAACGUGCGUUCUGUGCUAUCUCCGGAGUUCAAAGCCAGGUCUAUGCUUUACAAGAUGCACUACCUCUACCUCCUGGGCACGACGUUCCGCUUCAAGUAUUACGCCGCGUGGAUCAUCUCAGAAGCAUCGUGCAUGGUUUGCGGCCUGGGGUAUAACGGCUACGAUCCGGACACGCAGCAGAUUAAAUGGGACCGUGUCCAGAAUGUCGAUAUCAAGGCUUUUGAGUUUGCGCAGAAUACCAGGGAGUGCCUGGAGGCCUGGAACAUGAAUACGAACAAAUGGCUCAAGUACUACGUCUACCUGCGCGUGACACGCAAGGGUAAAAAGCCAGGCUUCCGCUCCACGCUGUUUACGUUCUUGACCUCCGCAUUCUGGCACGGUACUAGACCUGGGUAUUACUUGAGUUUUGCUACUGGAGCCUUGUUUCAAACUGUUGGCAAGAUCUACCGGAAGAACUUCAGGCCUAUGUUCUUGGCAGAAGACGGGAAAACACCGCUUAAAUCAAAAGUUAUUUACGAUUUUAUCUGCUCCUGGGUCACCAAACUCGCGUUUGGGUAUCUGGUCCAACCUUUCGUGAUCUUGGACUUGCGCAAGUCGUUAUCCUGCUGGAGUUCUGUGAAUUUCUACGUUCACAUUGCGAUCGCCCUAACCUUCCUGGUCUUCAAAGGUCCGUUUGCCAAACAGGCACAGAUGUUCUGCAGACGCUACCACCCUGUGGAGAUCGCAAAGAAGCAGCAAAAGAAGGCCGAAGCGGUGUCUGCGGAGGCAGCGCCGACUUUGGGAGACAUCUUGAAGGAUAAGGCCCAGUUUGAAACUAAUGAGGCAGAGAACAUGGCAAUGAUGUUGGGUAUCCCCGAUCCAAGCGAAGUGGAAUUGGAGGAGGCCAAAAAGGAUCUGGAAGAGUUCUACAAGCAGUACGAUGCCUGGAAACGGAAGAACGGUCUUGAGGUAGAGGAAGAAAACUUGCGCGACGCCUUUCAAAACUUCAAGAAGGAGUUUAGGAAAACGACCAGGCGGAUGAGCUUUAGUGACUACGCGGCGUCGCCAUCGAAGUCUAAAUGA